CUUAGCCCCCGGAUCACUACGCUUGCCUGCAUUGGACAAGUUAGCCGGCAAGCCUAAUUUCUCGCCUCCUGUGUGUGCGGACACCCCUGCACCACCUCCCGCUCUCCUCACAACUGCGGGGAUCUAUCAACAAAUUGCGAGCCAAGGGGUCUGACCGGACGGUCACUGCACCCCGCAAUGUUACUCCGUGCAUUUGCAAAGCAUGAAGGGUUCCAGGAGCAUAAAAACACAAGUUUCUGGAGUCUGCGCGGCCAUGAGCUCGAAAAAGGACAUCCUCAGCUCGCCAAAAGUGCUAUCGGACAUCAACCCGAUCAUCUUCCGCGGCAGGAACCACAUAGCCUGUGUGCGGUGCAAGAACCAGAAGAUCAAAUGUUCUGGGGCGAAGCCAACCUGCGACAAUUGCAAGCUCACGGGCAAUGAGUGUGUGUAUCCGUUCAAAGACCGCAAGAUUAUCAUUUUGGAGUCGCAAUUGCAGCUGCUGCAGGCGCGCAUCAAGGAGCUGGAGGACUAUAUCAACGGCGAGACUGGCGAUAACGGCAAGGCCAGCUCUCAGACCGACCACCGCGCUUUUCUGCCGCUCCAGUUCCAUACCAACAACGAGCGCCUCGACAACGUCAUCAACGUGUCCUUCGGCGACUCCGAGCAGCAAGAGCGCAGCGUCCAGCCGCCACACCCCUCCAGCAUCAACUACCAUGUGUCAGACCUCUAUUUUGCCGCGACCGACGACUGCGUGCUCUCUCUGCCGGCGCGCGAGUACGCCGAGCCGCUCGUGAGCCUGUGUCUGGCGCAUUUCCGCGACUCGCACUAUCUCUACGAGGAAACAGAGUUUGUGGCCGAGUUCAACAGGGUCUACGACACAGGCGUGUGCUGCUCGCCACAGCUGCUGUCCAAGAUCUUCAUCACGCUCGCCAUCGGCGAGCAGAUCCUCUACUCCAUCAAGUCGCACCAGCUGUCGCUCGCAGAGCUCGACCGCGAGCUGUCGUCCAAGCAGCAUUUCGUCAACAAGACGCCCGGUCUCAAGUACUUCCUCGCGGGCGCUCGCAUCUUCCCUGUCCACGUUGAGAUGCCGACCCUGUCUGCGAUCCAGACCGCGCUGCUCAUCGGGUACUAUUUGCAGUCGCUCAACCGCAUCACCGGCUCGUACGUGUGGUUCGGCGUGGCCACCCGCUGGGCGCUCUCGCUCAACCUGCACCUGCGGCAGCCGUACCUGACGCCGCAGGAGAUCUCGCGCCGCAAGCGCGUGUGGUGGACCGUCUUCACGCUGGACUCGCUCGCCACGUCGCGCAUCCGGCUUCCCCAGAGCGUCAAGUUUAACGAGACCCAGAUCGACCUCAUCAGCGAGCACGACUGCGCCGAGUGGGGCGGGGCGCGGUUCCUGUACCUGCAGGUCUCGCUCAUCAAGUUCACAGACGACAUCCUCAACUCUGUGUACAACAUGACGUCGCGCAGCGUGUACACGGGCGAGAAGACGGGGCUGGGCACAGACCUCGUGGCAAACACGGUGAAAAUGGUGAGGGUGCUCGAGGACAACUUCGAAAAGGACGUGGCCCGCGACUUUGAGCAGCUGCGCAAAGAGAUGUACGACAACAAGCUGUGCGAGCUGCACCAGCCGCUCAUCCACGUGUAUCUCAAGUCGAACCAGUACUUCAUCACCGCCUGCCGGCCGCUCGCGCUUGCCGUGUUCAAAAAGUUCAUUGCCACAGACGACGCCCGCAUCGCACAGGUACUGCGCAAGUGCAUCAACGCUGCCAAGGAAACCAUCUCCGUGCUGCGCCACCUCAAGCUGCUCAAGCUGCUGAUCACCUUCGACUACUGGCACACACACUUCCUCUUCAACUCGAUCCUCAUCCUGCUCAUCACGCUCAACCUCGAAAACAACCACACGGCCCUCACGCGCGGCAUCGACCUGCUCAAGUUCAUGGCCCUUGCAGGCAACCACGUCUCCAAAGACUCGCUCAACAAGCUGAUCCAGCUCGUGCGCAUCUUCAACGACCUCGGCUUCAACCUCGACUUCGACCUCACACUGCCCAAGUUCGACACCUCCUACGUGCCACAAACGGUCGACAGCCCCGAGGACAGCGUCGAUAUCCAGCUAAUCCACCCUGACACCAACCCCUUGGACCAGAACAUCCAGGACCAGAUCGACCAGACAAACUUCCAGCUGCAGCAGCAACAGCAGCAGCUACACCACCACACAGAACAGCUACCCUUCAUGUUCCCAAACCCUGAAGACUUUGCAGGCAAGCAGCCAUCCAACAGCUAUCCGCAUGACGAGCUGUUCAACUCCAACUCGAGCUUUUUUGACAACCUGCUCAACAACAUGCAGACGUGGGAUCUUGUGCCCAGCUUAACCGGUCCCGACAACAGAACGGAGGCAAAUCCCUCUCUGCAGGACCCCAUGUUCUCUGCGCCUCCCUUCGCUCCGCCCACCCAGGCUCGUGCAGAACGCUAUCCGCUCAAGUCUAGACCGCUUACGUAACGCUCCUCCCCAGUUCGACACAACCCUCCUACAUCGGAGAAACGAAAUAUCUUUGUGUCGGUGCGAAAAAGCAACCUGCAGCACCGGGGGCAAAAUCUAUUUUUCUCUUGGCGCACGCAAAUGGCGAGGCCUUACCAUUGGGACGGUAAUCAGUAGAUGGCCAAGUGCCAGCGUAGACACAAACUCGUCUGCAGAGGCCGGUAUGUGCUGCUUUGCUGGAGCUUCUGCCCCCGCGCUGUCUCGCCGAUCUCACUUUGCUCUCUGCGUGUUUGCUUCACUCGCAUUUCUUCGAUCUUGCCUCAAUUACAUUGCCUCUUUAGGAACGGUUUUUUAGUUUUUUCUUUUCCUGCAGGGUAUCUACGUACGAUG